AUGGGAGAUUCAGCAUGGAUGCGUCUAAUUCCAGGGCAGCGUUGUCGAACUCCAGUCUCCCCCUGGCUUCACUACGGCCAAACCGACAAUGAAGAUACCACCCCCCACGAAGCAGCAAAUCUAAAGAUCGCUCCACGGCCCUUGGCCGGCUUCAACCAAUCCUCUACCGACUUUGCCAACGACAUCCUCGUCAGAGAAGCAGACAGGUUACAGAAUACCCCGUCAGUCGAUGAAAUGGCAGACAUGCUACGGACCAUCAUCAUGGUAUCUCCAACACCACCAACAUUGGAUCCGCAGCAUACGUCAUAUGUGCUUCAUCUCAUCGAAGGCUACAGCAAGCUCCGCAGCAAGCUAUCGGUAAAGGAAAAGGAAGUUGCCCAGCUGAAAGAAAAGCAGCAAGAAGAUACAGAAAACGGCAAGAUGUUGCUUGCAGACUGGUCAGCCCAAGAGGCACGAUAUAGGGCAGAGAUCAAGCGACUGGAACUGAUUAUCCAACAAGUGUCUGGGAAAGGCGUCGAGGCUGUUGCGCUGGCUCGAUCUGGCAGCCUCAUCAGGAAAGGCGGAUCAGGCAGAGCACAUACAGCAGAAACAGCGACCCCUGAGCAAGUGCCUGCAGAAGCGGAUUUCUGCCAGGAUGAUUGCAAAAGUGCUUCUCCUUGCAAGGGCUCAGGCAUCCAGGGCAGGCGAACCUCCAUGUCUAGUGAUGCCCUUGAUAUAACAGCCCGCCUCAAUGCUAAAAACCAACUCUGGAGACAUCGUUCCGAGAACAAUCUUCGACAACUAAGCCGAAGGGUAAGAACCAGCCAGCGAGAGCAUUAUAAUGGCCAUCUUUUAUCGCAUUUAACGCCGUCUCACCUGCGCCUUAACUUGGACACUCCAGAGCCCGAACCAAAAGAAGAGUGUGACUUGGACGAUGAGCAACGCUUGCAUGAAAGCGAUGUAGGCGAUAACGAGUAG